CCCAUUCACUCAUUUUGAGUGAAUGGCCAUUCAUGUGGGGGGGUUGUGGAAUGGCUUCUCCAUUCAGCCCUGAUUCCCUGAUGCCCUAGCCCCAUUUCUUGCUCGACCACCGAGCUCCAGCCAUUGACCAUCGACGCCAUGGCUUCGAAGCUCCCGAACCAACUCCGAGCUCUCUACGCAUCCACCACCCGUCACCGGCAUCUCUCUCCUCGAUUCCCAAACCCUAACGAAGCUUUCCGAGACCAACGAAUCUAUCAUUUUGACUGCAGUUGAACAAACAAACAGCUCCAAAUUGUUUCUUAAACCAACGAAUCUAUCACCCACCCUCUCUCUCUCUCUCUCUAGAUACUUAAUCACCAAUCGGAUGGCGGCGGAGCCAUGGCAGAGGACAAGUACAACCUCAAGAACCUGGCGGUGAAGAGGAUUCUUCAAGAAAUCAAGGAGAUGCAGUCGAAUUCCUCUGACGAUUUCAUGAGCUUGCCUCUCGAGUUUUGCAUACAGGAGAACAUUUUUGAAUGGCAAUUCGCCAUCAGAGGUCCCCGUGAUACCGAAUUUGAGGGUGGGAUCUAUCAUGGACGAAUCCAGUUGCCUGCAGAAUAUCAGGGUGGUUUUCGAUGGUCAAAGAGAUGGCUGGAUUUGCUUUCAACCCCUUGACAGGAAGAUGGUCUCUUUCUGAUGACAUCAGUGUAAAUUUCAUUGCAUAUUGUACAAAAACAACCUCCGAAUAAAUAUCUGAAAAAUUUUG